GGGUAUGUAUCCGUAGAUAAGAUUGGCCAUUACUUCAGAAACGUUAGAAAAACAGGAGAAAGACUCGAGCUUUGAUUCGAAGAAGCUGAAAAUGGAAGUGGGUUUGUCUCUAAAUGCACUGGUUCGGCUUCCAUUAUCGAGCUCCUCAAGAACACGUGAAGAUGUACUGGUGAAGCACUCACUGGUCUCUACUAGAACUGCGCAAAAAUCUCUUCAGAAGCAAACAGGGCACUCUUUAUUGGUAGUUGAAGCUAAGGGAAAGAGAGGAAUGCAAGCACGUCAGUUUCAAAGGCCCCCAACUCCGUCCCUUCCUAAGAUUGAAGAUGAUGGCAAUCCCAAAUUUGUUAUAUUCAUCCGCAUGGCUAAUGUUUAUCUUUGGUACCCAUUAAGUCUUGUAACGGGUGGAACCACUGCUAAAAUCAUGGUUGCUGCCAAAGAUAAUUUUCUAGGAAAAUAUAUCUACAAAGAUACACUUGCUAGAAACCUUGCAGCAGUUAUUUACAGAGAUGAGAAGGAGAUACAGAAGACAGCAUUUAAACAACAUCGUGUAUUGCGGUCAGCAACAGAGUUCAGAUAUGGUUACAAACUUGUCGAAAACGCUAAUGUGAGGGCUGCCCUUUCUACUACAGAUGUUAUUGAGCUUCCGACACAAGACCAACUUAAAACAGUAGUGGAUAAAGUGAAAGACUUCUUUGGGGAUGCAAAAGAGUCUUUUGGAAAGCUUACCUCUCUAAAUUCAACAAGUGAGGAAGCAGAGGAGGAGGUUCCCAAGGAAAAGGCCAAGUGAGUUAAACUCCAUCGCUUGAGUUAAAGGCUGAAGAUGAAGAGGCCUUAUGCUUGACAAUGUUCGAGGUGAUUGUUUCUACGAAUGUGAAGCUAUACAAAAGCCAGACAAUGAGGCAGCAUGCGACACAGAUAUACUGCAUAGUUUGGUUCAUAGAUUUUCCUCCUCCUAUAUGCAAAAAGUAGCCCUUUCUAUGCAUGUAUGAUAUAUGCCAUGCUUAAAUUUGUUUGAAUCAAAGAAUUUUUUUAUUUUUUA